GGAGAGAGGCGCGCGGAGACUCGGCCCCCUCGGCGCUCGCUCGCUCGCUCGCUCGCUGGCUCCCCGCCUCCCGCACUCCGCUGGCUCCCACCCCUUCCCGGCGUGAUUGAUCCGUCACGGGCGCCGCCGCCGCCGCGGCCGUUCUGAGCGAGCAGAAGCCGGAGCCGAGCCGGGGCCCGUGCCGGCGCCAUUGCGCGGGAGCCGCGGGCAGAGCUCGGCGCCGGGCGGCGGGCCGGGCCAGGCCAUGCGGGCCGAGUGAGCUGGCGCCCGCAGCCCGCGGCGCGGCAUGGCUUCCCCGCCGAGCUCCGGGCAGUCCCGGUCGCCGCCGCCGCCGCCGCCCGCGCGCCUGCUGCUGCCCCUGCUCCUGUCGUUGCUGCUGUCGUUGGCGCCCGGGGCCUGGGGCUGGGCGCGGGGCGCCCCCCGGCCGCCGCCCAGCAGCCCGCCGCUCUCCAUCAUGGGCCUCAUGCCGCUCACCAAGGAGGUGGCCAAGGGCAGCAUCGGGCGCGGCGUGCUCCCCGCCGUGGAGCUAGCCAUCGAGCAGAUCCGCAACGAGUCACUCCUGCGCCCCUACUUCCUGGACCUGCGACUCUAUGACACCGAGUGUGACAAUGCAAAGGGACUGAAAGCCUUCUAUGACGCAAUAAAGUAUGGGCCGAACCAUUUGAUGGUGUUUGGAGGCGUCUGUCCGUCUGUCACAUCUAUCAUCGCGGAGUCCCUCCAAGGCUGGAAUCUGGUGCAGCUUUCCUUCGCCGCCACCACACCUGUUCUUGCGGAUAAGAAGAAGUACCCAUAUUUCUUCCGGACGGUGCCCUCAGACAAUGCCGUGAACCCGGCCAUCCUGAAGCUUCUGAAGCACUUCCGCUGGCGGCGCGUGGGCACACUCACGCAGGACGUGCAGCGCUUCUCCGAGGUGAGGAAUGACCUUACUGGGGUUCUAUACGGGGAAGACAUCGAGAUCUCAGACACGGAGAGCUUCUCCAAUGAUCCCUGCACCAGCGUCAAAAAGCUCAAGGGGAACGACGUGCGAAUCAUCCUUGGCCAGUUUGACCAGAAUAUGGCAGCGAAAGUCUUCUGUUGUGCCUUCGAGGAGAGCAUGUUUGGCAGCAAGUACCAGUGGAUCAUCCCAGGCUGGUAUGAGCCUGCGUGGUGGGAGCAGGUUCAUGUGGAAGCCAAUUCCUCACGCUGCCUGCGCAGGAGCCUCCUGGCUGCCAUGGAAGGCUACAUCGGAGUGGACUUCGAGCCCCUGAGCUCCAAACAAAUCAAGACCAUCUCAGGGAAGACUCCACAGCAAUACGAAAGAGAAUACAACAGCAAGCGUUCCGGUGUGGGGCCCAGCAAGUUCCACGGGUACGCCUAUGACGGCAUCUGGGUCAUCGCCAAGACCCUGCAGAGGGCCAUGGAGACACUGCAUGCCAGUAGCAGACACCAGCGGAUCCAGGACUUUAACUACACAGACCACACGCUGGGCAGAAUCAUCCUCAACGCCAUGAACGAAACCAACUUCUUCGGGGUCACGGGUCAAGUUGUGUUCCGGAACGGGGAGAGAAUGGGAACCAUUAAAUUUACUCAAUUUCAAGACAGCAGAGAGGUCAAGGUCGGCGAGUACAACGCAGUAGCUGACACACUGGAGAUCAUCAAUGACACCAUAAGGUUCCAGGGGUCGGAGCCACCCAAGGACAAGACCAUCAUUCUGGAGCAGCUUCGGAAGAUCUCACUUCCACUGUAUAGCAUCCUGUCAGCUCUCACCAUCCUUGGUAUGAUCAUGGCCAGCGCCUUCCUCUUCUUCAACAUCAAGAACCGGAACCAAAAGCUGAUCAAGAUGUCAAGCCCGUACAUGAACAACCUCAUUAUCCUGGGCGGGAUGCUGUCCUAUGCGUCCAUCUUCCUCUUUGGCCUCGAUGGAUCCUUCGUCUCGGAAAAGACCUUUGAAACGCUCUGCACGGUCCGGACCUGGAUUCUCACCGUGGGCUACACAACCGCCUUUGGGGCCAUGUUUGCAAAGACCUGGAGGGUCCAUGCCAUCUUCAAAAAUGUGAAGAUGAAGAAGAAGAUCAUCAAAGACCAGAAGCUGCUUGUGAUUGUGGGGGGCAUGCUGCUGAUCGACCUGUGCAUCCUGAUCUGUUGGCAGGCUGUGGACCCCCUGCGGAGGACAGUGGAGAGAUACAGCAUGGAGCCGGACCCAGCAGGCCGGGACAUCUCCAUCCGCCCACUGCUGGAACACUGCGAAAACACCCACAUGACCAUCUGGCUCGGCAUUGUCUACGCCUACAAGGGGCUCCUCAUGCUGUUCGGUUGUUUCUUAGCGUGGGAAACCCGCAACGUGAGCAUCCCUGCCCUCAACGACAGCAAGUACAUUGGGAUGAGCGUGUACAACGUGGGGAUUAUGUGCAUCAUCGGGGCUGCCGUCUCCUUCCUGACGCGUGACCAGCCCAACGUGCAGUUCUGCAUCGUGGCCUUGGUCAUCAUCUUCUGCAGCACCAUCACUCUCUGCCUGGUGUUCGUGCCAAAGCUCAUCACUCUGAGGACAAACCCUGAUGCAGCCACUCAGAACAGGCGAUUCCAGUUCACACAGAACCAGAAGAAAGAAGAUUCAAAGACCUCCACUUCAGUCACCAGCGUGAACCAGGCGAGCACAUCACGUCUGGAGGGACUGCAGUCAGAAAACCACCGUCUACGAAUGAAGAUCACAGAGCUGGACAAAGACUUGGAAGAAGUCACCAUGCAGCUACAAGACACACCAGAGAAGACCACAUACAUCAAACAGAAUCACUACCAAGAGCUCAAUGACAUCCUCAGCCUGGGCAACUUCACAGAGAGCACAGAUGGAGGAAAGGCCAUUCUAAAAAAUCACCUCGAUCAAAACCCCCAGCUCCAGUGGAACACAACAGAGCCCUCGAGAACAUGUAAAGACCCCAUAGAAGACAUCAACUCCCCAGAGCACAUCCAGCGCCGGCUGUCUCUCCAGCUCCCCAUCCUCCAUCACGCCUACCUCCCAUCCAUUGGAGGCGUGGACGCCAGCUGCGUCAGCCCCUGUGUCAGCCCUACCGCCAGCCCUCGCCACAGACAUGUACCACCCUCCUUCCGAGUCAUGGUCUCGGGCCUGUAGGAGUGGGAGGUCUGGGGCCGGGGCCUCCCCGGGACAGCAUCACGCUGGGCCAAGGCGCCUGCCACUGGCACACUGACAAGAAGCUGGGCACCAUGCUGCCUCUCCGGACUGCUGGAAUGGCGCUCAGGCAGACAGGGACUCGGCACCGACCUCGAGCCUUAUCUGUGACGGUCUUAUUCUCACGAGGGAGAAGAAUGACAAUGACUUCUCCUUGGCGUCUGCAAACAAAGAGGAGUUGGGAUGUCUGAAACUUGCAAAAAACAAAUCAAACUCCAGACAAAGGAGAGAGGCCUCAGACUCCAGCUAUCUUCGCCAAGCGGCCAGAGCAAGGGCUCUGCAGAAAUGGCCCUCUGCACUCUGCACACACGUCAUCGGUGGUGCCCGCCCCCACACACCAGCCCUUCUCCACUCUGGGGGAGAAGGUGAGCAGGGCCACCAGGUCCCCAGCAGCUGGCCCAGCCCACUUCAGCCUCCCUGGAACAGGGAGUCAGCAGGAAGGGCAGACAGGCACAGCCCUGGGGCUGGGGGACCACAGCAGGCAGCUGCGCAUGCUCCCAGGGGACAUCCAACAGAAGAGAGAUGUUUGUUACUCUCUAAUAAAUGCCACACAUUAACACAAUAACACCCAUUCUGGGGACUGUGGGGAUUCAGGGCACCACACUGCAGACAUGCUCUGCAGGAUGCAACUGACAGUCUGUCAUGCACCCACCGUGUCGGCCAUGUCCUUGUGUUCAAAUUUGUGUUCCCGGUAAUAAGGGGAACCACCUGAGCUAAUCAUGGAAUGUCUGCUCCCAGAAAACACGAUAAAGAAAGAUUGUGCACUUUAACCUCUCCCAUGGGGGCCCAAGGGCUGCUGGGAUUCCCCCCUCCUCCACUGACUUUGUUUUUUGACCAAAGUGAAUCAGGGGCAUUCUGCUAAAAGUCAUCUCUGUGUUCCUGAGUUAGAGCUGCUGACCCAGGUCUCCCUUCCAGAAGGUAGCCCUCCAGUGCCCCUCCAGCCCCAACCUGUGAGUGCCCACCUAGGGUGUCACUGAGGUGGUCAGUCAGCAGGCUGGUUCUCAUCCAUCACGACAUACUUCCCUUGUAAUUGAACCCCAAAGAGCACCGGCCUGGGAGUCAGACCUGGAUUUGAGUCCUCAGUCCCCUCAGACUCUCUCCGUGACCUUGGGCAAGUCACCAGUGUCUCUCUGAGCCUCAGUUUCCCCUCUGUAACAGACUGGGGUUGAAAUAACACCCAUCCUGCCUACCUCACAGGGUCACUCUGAGGAUGGACACUUGAUCUCAUCCAUCCAGGAAAGCGUUGCACUGUGAAGCAGCUCUGACCUGUGAGGUAUUAGUAUGGCCAUGACCUUCAGCGCUCCCACAAGGUGGGGGUGUGGUGCGGCCCAGAGAAACUUCCUGCAAGGCCUCUACCUAGGAACAGAUCUGACAUUCCUUGAUAGGUUCAUUCUUCACUAAAGGCCUGAAGGGCACCGUCCAGGGGCGUCUGCACAAAUAAGUGGUUUGCUCACUCCCUAAAGAAAUCCUAAAGGCAGCUUCAACAGGCAGGCAAUAAUCUCUUCCCAGACCACUGCAGUCAGGAACACACUGCUGUCAACCACCAGGCUGUGACAAAAGGGCCCACGUGAAUCACCAUCGCCAACAUUUCAAAACACCCCAGUUUAUGUCACAUAGCUAUCCCCUCCCUUCCCUCAAAGAGAGGUUACGGAGGUUCUGUAGCUUUUAUAGGGGGAAAAAUGUCAACGCAUCACAGGUCAAGUUGAUGUCCUUCUCUGUUUAGGCACCAAAACUCCGUGUCGUCACUCACUGUGUGUGUUAACCAGUAUUCCUUGCUUUUUCGACUUCACCAAAACCAAAUUUCAUUUAAAAGACCGCGUUAAUUUUUUUUUCAAAGGGAAAGAGAUAAUUAACUGUACAUAAUGUAUACAGACAAAAAAAACCUGUAGAAAUAUUACUCCAGCAUAGCAGGAAAAAAAACAAAAAACAAAAAACAAAAGUAUUGGAUUGUCAGAGGUGAGCCUGCGUCUGUAAUCCCUUGUGACUCCGAACUGUGCUCUGUCUUCUAGGUUAACCCACAAGAUACAUCUCUGUCUACUGAUCCUGUAGGUUCACUCACAUUUUUUUUUAAUUUCUCUGCAAUUAACAAGCCCCACAAAGUGAUUCUGGCUAUCUACUGGUUCUGUUCUUUUAUACGCAGCAAACACACGGUCCAUUUCCUAGAGGCUUCCUUCCGCCCAAGGGCAUCUUCCAGUGACGCUAGUGCACACACACACACACACACACACACGCACACACGCACACACGCACACACGCACACACGCACACACGACUGCUUUCAAUUAGACCGGAACUGGCAGAAUCAAAUGUAAAUGAGGAGUUUCUCUCGCCCCACUGCAUGGUAUCGAUUUUUAAUAAAUUGUUGCAAAUUUGUUUUUAUGAAUAAAAGGGGAAAAUA